AUGGCUGAAGCCGCCAAAUAUGUUGUUCCUUCAGAGCUUGGAGGACCGAGUUGUUGUUCUUCCUCUGCAUGGCGAAGAAGGUGGAUUUACUCUGAAGAAAUAGUUCUGUGGCAGCCACUUAGAAAAUUGUUCCUACGUUCUUCUGUUACAACUGGUUUUUUUCUAUUUUGUUUUAUAGACACAGACGAGGACACGGUGAAAAGGUGUUUUGCCACAUUUGAAGAGAAGUUCUUCCAGACCUGUGAGAAAGAACUUGCCAAAAUCAACAUCUUCUAUUCAGAAAAGCUUGCAGAAGCUCAGCGCCGGUUUACUACUCUUCGGACCGAGUUACAGUCAACUUUGGAUGCACAGAAAGAAGCCAGUGGGGCUUCCACGCUGCAGCGGCGCAGAAAGCCGGUCUUCCACCUGUCCCACGAAGAGCGUGUCCAGCAUAGGAAUAUCAAAGAUCUGAAAUUGGCCUUCAGCGAGCUCUACCUCAGCCUCAUCUUACUACAGAACUAUCAGAACCUGAACUUCACCGGCUUCCGCAAGAUCUUAAAGAAGCAUGACAAGAACCUGGAGACGGCACGGGGGGCAGAAUGGCGGGUGGCCGAGGUGGAGGUGGCACCCUUCUACACCUGCAAGAAGAUCAACCAGCUUAUCUCCGAAACAGAGGAAGUGGUGACCAACGAGUUAGAAGAUGGAGACAGACAGAAGGCUAUGAAACGUUUGCGUGUUCCACCCUUAGGAGCAGCUCAGCCUGUACCAGCCUGGACUACAUUCAGGGUUGGCUUGUUCUGCGGGUUGUUCAUUGCACUGAACGUCACUGUCAUACUUUCAGGUGUGGCUUUUAUAGAUGGACCAAAUGUGUGGCCACUGGUGAGAAUCUAUCGAGGUGGCUUUCUCCUGAUAGAAUUCCUCUUUCUCCUGGGUAUCAACACGUAUGGCUGGAGACAGGCUGGAGUCAAUCACGUCCUCAUCUUUGAACUCAAUCCCCGCAGCAACUUGUCCCAUCAACAUCUCUUUGAGAUUGCUGGCUUCCUGGGGGUUUUGUGGUGCCUGAGCCUGCUGGCAUGUAUAUAUGGUAAAUUCACCUACAUCCCUAUGCAGGUGAAUCCACUCAUCUUAUACGGCUUCAUGUUGCUUUUUCUUAUCAACCCUACCAAAACCUUAUAUUACAAGUCCCGUUUUUGGCUGCUCAAACUAUUGUUUCGAGUGUUCACUGCUCCCUUCCACAAAGUAGGCUUCGCAGAUUUCUGGCUGGCUGAUCAGCUCAACAGUCUGGUCGUGAUACUCAUGGAUCUGGAAUACAUGAUCUGCUUCUACAGCUUUGAGGUUCAGUGGGAGGACAAUGCUGGACUUCUGGCAAAUACAGAUAAUCAGAUUUGUUACAGCUACUCCUACGGAGUGAGAGCAGUUGUCCAGUGCAUCCCAGCUUGGUUGCGAUUCAUCCAGUGCCUGCGCCGUUACCGUGAUAACAAACGGGCCUUUCAUCUGGUUAACGCUGGAAAAUAUUCCACCACCUUCUUCGUGGUGACAUUUGCAGCCCUCUACAGCACUCACAAAGCUAAAAACCACAGUGACACCCAAGUGUUCUUCUACCUGUGGAUUAUCUUCUAUUUCAUCAGCUCUUGCUAUACCCUUAUUUGGGACCUGAAGAUGGACUGGGGUCUCUUUGACAAAAACGCUGGUGAAAAUACCUUUCUUCGAGAAGGAAUCGUCUACCCACAGAAAGCAUACUACUAUUGUGCCAUCGUAGAAGAUGUGAUCCUGCGUUUUGCAUGGACCAUCCAGAUCUCCCUCACUUCCAUGCAAAUCUUUCCGUACGCUGGGGACAUCAUUUCUACUGUAUUUGCCCCACUUGAGGUAUUCCGGCGGUUUGUGUGGAACUUCUUCCGUCUGGAGAACGAGCACCUGAACAACUGUGGUGAGUUCCGUGCCGUGCGGGACAUCUCUGUGGCACCGCUCAACGCCGAUGACCUGACGCUUUUGGAUCAGAUGAUGGACCAGGAAGAUGGUGUUCGAAACCGCCGCAAGAACAAACAGUGGAAGCGCAGCCAGAGCGUGUCCUUGCGCAGACCUCGUCUUGCUUCACAGUAUGUUCUGCCUCUCUUCUAGUGAAAGA